CACCCUCUUUCUCUGAGUCUGUGCUUUCCUGCUUGCUUUCUCUUUCUUUUCUGGCUCAGCCUGGGACACACGCUCCUAUCAGAAGAGUCUCGCGUCUUGCAUUUUAAUGUCAGUGAUGGAAAAACACAAGAAUGAUUCUUGGAUCCACCAGCAGGAACUGGAAGAUCCGUCUGAGAAAUACCUGAACAGCACCGAGGACUAUCUCGCCUUCCUCUAUGGACCUCCCCGCAGCCACUUCUUCUUCCCAGUGACUGCAGUGUAUGCACUGAUUUUUGCAGUGGGGGUCGUUGGCAACUUCCUGGUGUGCCUGGUAAUUCUUCGGCACCAGACUAUGAAGACACCCACCAACUACUACCUCUUCAGCUUGGCCGUCUCCGACCUCUUGGUCCUGCUCCUCGGGAUGCCCCUGGAAGUCUACGAGAUGUGGCGCAACUACCCCUUCCUGUUUGGGCUCGUGGGCUGCUACUUCAAGACGGCCCUCUUUGAGACCGUGUGCUUUGCCUCCAUCCUCAGCGUCACCACGGUGAGCGUGGAGCGCUACGUGGCCAUCCUCCACCCGUUCCGCGCCAAGCUGAAGUGCACCCGGCGGCGGGCUCUCAGGAUCCUCGGCAUCGUCUGGAGCUUCUCUGUUCUCUUCUCUCUGCCCAACACGAGCAUUCAUGGCAUCAAGGUCCACUACUUCCCCAAUGGGUCCCUGGUCCCGGGCUCUGCCACCUGUGCGGUCAUCAAGCCCAUAUGGAUCUACAAUUUCGUCAUCCAGGUCACUUCCUUCCUCUUCUACAUCCUCCCCAUGAUUGUCAUCAGUGUCCUCUACUACCUCAUGGGGCUCAAACUAAAGAAAGACCAACUCCUUGGGGCAGAUGAAGUGACUGCAAAUAUUCAAAGACCUGCCAGAAAAUCAGUCACCAAAAUGCUGUUUGUCUUGGUCUUAGUGUUUGCUCUCUGUUGGGCCCCAUUCCACAUUGAUCGGCUCUUCUUCAGCUUUGUGGAGGAGUGGACCGAAUCCCUGGCUGCUGCGUUCAAUCUUAUCCAUGUGGUGUCAGGUGUCUUCUUCUACCUGAGCUCAGCCGUCAACCCCAUUAUCUAUAACCUACUCUCUCGCCGCUUCCGGGCAGCGUUCUGGAAUGUGAUCUCUCCUUGCAAACAGGGGCACUCCCAGCACCACCCACAGGGGCCACCUGCCCAGCGGAACAUCUUCCUGACAGAAUGUCACCUGGUGGACCUGACUGAAGAUGCAGGUCCCCAGUUCCCUUGUCAGUUGUCUAUCAGCAGCUCUCACCUCCCCGCAAACCUCUGUGCUGGACAGGCACCAUAAAAGGAAUGCUCAAAGAGUUGACAUUCUUCUAUGCUGCUAUACUGUA